UCGUUUUGAGUCAUAAGCUCGUUGAUAUUUUAAUGAAGUAAAGCGCGACAAGCUUCUUCACUUUAUAUUUGAAAAGCUUCCCACACGUAAAUGAAUAAGAUUAUACUGUUGGAAAUCAUGGCUGUGCAUGCCACUGUUAUGUCAAUGUUACCGCAACUAAAUAUCACUUUAAAUGUGUUGUGUACAUCAUCCGUGGAAGUUUCCUGCACUGGUGUUGAUAAUGCGUAUGGACUAUGGACAUUUUACAAGAAAAACACAGGGAGAGGUUUGCAAAAUAUGGCACGAGUAUUUUACAAUGAAUCGGGUUGCAGCGUAGGGUUCCUGUUCACAAUUAGAUCAUCACAGUGUGUGUGUAAAAAUGGAUCAGGUGUCAUGUGCAACAUGUUCGGGGACAAUGUCGUUAACGCGGGAGAUGAAUGGUACUGUUCGAAAUUCUCAACAGGAUUAGCUUAUAGCGAGAAAGUGUAUCUGAAUUUUCAAGAAACCGGUGAAUGUACAACGACGAUUCUGGAGCACACUUCUGUUGAAGGAACAGAGUAUACCACCGUUGAAGGAACGACCAUUAAAACAAGUUUUAACAACAGCAAAGCGCCAUAUAUAGAAGUUGUUCACACUGUUACUGACGUUUUAGCAAAUUACACCACUCCAGAAUCAGAAAAUUAUUCGUCAACACCACAUCAAAGCAAUAUGAGCUCUACGCAAAAAGAAGAACGGGAUAUUGUAUAUUUUCAAACAUUUUCGAAUAGAGAAUUUAUAGUUAUCGUGACAGCAGCGGGGUCAGCAGUUGUAAUUGCAGCAUGUCUAUCCAUCUGUACAUAUUGGAAAUUGAAAACAAGAAUGAGAACAAUUAAUCAUCAAGUUACUCAAAUCGAUAAUACGGCAGGUCGAAACUAUGCGAUGGAGGCACAAAUUUCGCCACAAGAAAACACAUAUUCUCAUUACCAAGACAUUUCAGACGUGUCAAACAGAUCCUCUGUGAACGCAUCUACUGUAACAAUUAAUCCAGCCGGUAACAACCAGAACAAUGCAUCUACUAAAGCAGUCGCAGGAAGAUUUGACAAUAGUUUUGCAACGCCGGCAAAGGAAAGGGAUACUAUUAAUCAAAUAAUGACCAUGACAGACAACGAUCCAUCGACAUUACGGGCCGGUUCCACCUUAGGCAAAGAGAAAAAGCCGCUUUUGUUCAUGGCGUUGGCGGAGAUUAAUAUAACUGAUGUUGCAACAAUUGAAAACGAAAUCGACAGGACUGAUGUGGCGAGUGUUCGUUACGAGUAUUUAGACCCGACAAGCCGUGAUAAGAAGUCGCAAUAUACAUCACUUGUUUAACAAAUAUAAGGCUGAAAUGUAUUUUUGUAAUGGACAAACGGACAUUUCGAAAUCAAUUUUGCAACCGCUUUCCUACGUUUCUCCGGCAACCGAAGUACUCGUUAUGUUCGGUAUGGUUUUACUGGUUCGAUAAUGUAUGCUGCUUAGCAAACGGAGCUAGUGAUAGAUUACUCAACAUUGUGCUAUGCGAUAACGCAUUUGUAUGGAUUUAUAAAUAAGAAACUGUCUUGUUUGUGCAUGUUUAUUGUGCAUUCAGUUUUAUGUUUAAUGAAAUAUAAUUGGAUGUAUAGUUAAUGGAUGUUCGAUUAUGCGGAUAAAUAUAUAUUUAUAUAUAUAA